AUGCUCUUACGCUAUUUAGAAAUCACGCGCGCCCGGACCCCUUUUCUCUAUCGCUUGGCUUUCUCCUUAACGCUCUCUUUCACUGUCUCUGCACCACUGCCGAAGAUCAAAUUCGUCUCUCACGCCAUCCCUACACCUAAAAGCCAGCUCUUCUCCUCUCUGCCUCUCGGUCGGUCCUUCCUGUUGGAAGUAAACUCCCGCUGUCUCCCUAUCUCGCGCCUGAACCGACGAAGUCUAACCCUCUCACGCUCGGACUCCUGCAUCGCUGAGAGCCCAGGUAAAACGUUAGGGUCCUUCUUGGUGAUCCAUGCUGGGUAAAUUCAUUCAUUGCAUGCUUUCCUCUUAGCUUGGUAGCUAUAUUUUGUAAAAGGCGUGUGAGUGAAACUGUGUAGUAGCAGUCUGGGCACAUGAAAGGAGGAAGGAAGAAUCUGAAGAGGGCAGCCGAGGAAGUGAAGUUUAAUCUCCAGGAUGGUCAAGCUAUCAUGCAAGUGCUGUCUCUUCGAGGUUCUAAUCUCAUUGAGGUAAUGGAUGGGCAAGGCGAGAAAUCACUGGCAUUGUUUCCAGCUAAGUUUCAAAAGAGCAUGUGGAUAAGACGAGGUAGUUUUGUUGUGGUUGACGUAAGUGGAAAGGAAAAGGCUCUGGAAUCAGGUAGCAAGGUGGCAUGCCUUGUGUCCCAAGUUCUCUUUUAUGAACAAGUUCGCCCUCUUCAGAAAUCUCCAGAAUGGCCCGAAAUCUUCAAAUCUACACAUUUGGAGGAUUCUAGUGGAAGUUUGCGGGGGAAGACCUCCCACCAAGAAGUGGAUGAGCUUGAAUCUAGUGAUGAGGAGGGACUUCCCCCAAUAGAGGUCAAUACUAACAGAAUCAAACCCUUUGAACUUCUAUCAGAUGCAGAAUCAGAUUCGGGCUCAGAUAGAGAUUCUUAAGUUUUUCAAUGUGAGACAAAAAGCAUCAUUGUAAGAGUUGCACAUGCAUCACGAAAUAUGAGUGUCCAAUUUGCACGAUGGCAUUUUAAUUUGUUGAAUUGAAUAUGUAGUCAAGUGUUGAGACCUAAAACACACCUGCAAAUUGCAAUAUGGGUCUCAAGCAAUUCGACGAUGGCUAUAAUUUUGAAAUAUUAUUUAAGUGCAAUUUACAUUUAUCCUUUCAAGCAA